GGCCCAACACUCCUGAGAGGGAGAAUACGGAGUACUCUGUGCUAAAAUUUACAGUGUACUCCUGAAGAAGUCGGCGAUCGAACGUUUCCCCGUCGGACGUCGCCGUCGGUGUUGAUAGAAAAGUAUUGCUGCACUUCAGUUUCUAAGCUUCCAGCCGCUGCCUACUUGCUGGAUAUUUAUUAGGUGUUGGAACUUUUAUGUCCUUGUCUCAUUAUACUUCAAGAGCUGAUGGAUCGAGCACCUCAUGAUUAUGCUGCUGCUAUGGCAUUUGCCUCGCAACAGCACCCACAAGCUAAUUUGCAACACCACCACCACCACCACCACCAACAACAGUUUGGUUUCCAUCCACAACAUCAACCAUUUCCUCAGUUUUUGCCUCCACAACAACAAUUCCCUUACCAUCGCCCACCACAACUUCAUCCUCAUGCUCCACCUCCUCACCUCCUUCACCUACAUCAGCAGCAACAACAGCAUCCUUCCCCUAUAUCUACCCCCGGCUUUCCACCACACAUUCCUCCUCACCUCACAUCCCCAUCUCCCUUCCAUGGCCCUUAUGAUUCUCCGCCACUACCUGCUCCUCCACCAUCUGAUCCUGAACUCCUUAAGCGCAUUGAUAAAUUGAUAGAGUAUGCGGUCAAGAAUGGUCCAGAGUUCGAAGCCAUGAUCCGUGAAAAGCAGCAAGACAAUCCAGCUUAUGGUUUUCUGUUUGGGGGUGAGGGACAUUAUUACUACCGUUACAAACUUUGGAUGGUUUCACGACAGCCAGGUGGCCCUUUUAAUGUUCCUUUCCAGUCUUCUCAUAUGCAAAUGAUGCACCCUCCGAAUCCCAUGAUGAGUUCAUCACCAUUAACUGCUCCCCAGUACAAUGGUUCGCCUGCUGCCUCAGCAUCAGUUUUAGGCCCACCUCAUUUACACCAGCCCCCUUUCCCACCCUCCUAUGAUCAGCAGCCUCCUCUGUCUUUUGCACGUCCUGAUUAUGAUAACUACAGGUCUUCCAAUUCUAGACCUCUUCCUCCUGAAAUUGAUAUGGAGUUGAAUAAUGUCCUGAACAAUCUUACUGGCACCAAGGAGUCAAUCAAAGGUGCCAAGAAUUGGUUCAUGCAAAGGUCUCCUUUUAUACAUGCUUUAGCUGAAGCUCUUAGAGAAAGGGUGUUUUCAAUGGACGAUUCUGAAAGGCAACUCCAUAUUGUUUAUCUUGCCAAUGACAUUUUGUUUGACAGCUUGCAACGAAGAUUGAAUCCUCAUGAGCUUGACAAUGAGGCACUUGCAUUUAAACCCGUGUUGGCUUCUAUGUUGGCAAGGGUGUUCCAUAAUCCUCAAAAUAAAGAAGAAAACCAGUCACGAUUACAGAAAAUUGUGCAGUUUUGGGGCUCCAAGGAAGUUUUUGAUCAGGAAACGAUUCUUGCAUUUGAAAAUGAAAUGGUCGGUGGGCCUCCUUCAAAUUCUUUUACAGGUCCUCAACGUGACUCAUCAACUCUUGCUUCAGAUCCCUCUGCUGCUACAGGAGGAACAGAACAAAAUGCAUUAGAAUGGAAAGCUGAUGGGCAAAGUCCACUCCCAAUUUUACCAGAUCAAGACAAUCAUAUUCCUCACAUCCCCUCUGUGGUUAUCCAGCACUUCCAUCCCACUUCUGUUCCUGUUCCAUUUUCAGGGUCUAUCCCCUUGCCCUCUUCACUCCCACCCUCAGUUCUCCCUCCAACUCUGCCAGCGAAUUUGGGUGAGAAGUUGCCCACAUAUCCCUUGUUCCCUCCUGGUCUUAUCCCCGGGAUGGUUAGAAAAAUGCAGAUAGGCAGCGGAGUGCCUUACUCCCCUCUAAGCCCUUUGGAUAUCCCAACUGUUAUACCGCCCUCUACCGUCUCUCAAUCUGAAAUCCUUGAAAGGGUAUCAAAAUUUUUUAGGGAGAUUGAUGAGGUUAACCCUUCAGAAGGACCGAUGAAGCCGUCAUCUGGUUCUCCCGAUGGGUAUGAUGAUUAUGAGAGAGAGCCCCCAACACGUAAAGGAGGGGCGUGUAUCCCUCCCCCUCCCAAUCUGCAGGAUUUCGGUGCUGUAAGUUUGGAACCCGAACCAAAUCGUUCGGGUAGACACGAGGCUAAUUCAAACGAGGCAAGUCAAUAUGAUGAUGUUUACAGUUCUUACAGGAAGGAGAGAAGCACCAACUACCAUUCCUCAAUGAGUGCAAAAGCUCCUUCCACCACCAGGUAGAGUUAGACAUCUCUGUGUUUCUUAUUGAUUUUGAAUCUAAUGUCAAAUAUUUCUCAAAUGUGAGAGUUUUUGUCUAAUGUUGCAAAUCAUACUGGUUUGAACUUUGUAUAUCUCCUCAUUGAUAUGUAAUGGUGGUUGUCUCCCAUUUCACAACACACAGUUGGAAUUCUCUGCAAGUUCAAGGUGGUCAUAUU